AGCAAAUUUUCGAUGCCUCGCAAUACAGGUACCCCACGAUACAGUCCCCACCCGGCAGACCACCCGCCAAAGCCCCGCGCCGCCACAGCUUGCUUGCCUGCUCCAGCCUCACCUUCAACCGAGCCUCACCUCGACCUGGGUUCAACAUCCAGCAACAACCAUUGUCACUAGCAGACCCUCUCCGUCAGCUGUGCUGCUGCUACAGGGUGCUCUCUUCGACCUCGGUCUCUCCACCCAAAACUCCCACACAGGUCUUCCAAGAUCAUUAUCGACUUGACACCACUUUAACGUCAGCUCCGUGUCCUCCACCCCGCGAGGCGGCACGCCUUCACGUUCGCCCACCAUGGAGCAGACCAAGGCUCUCAACGCUCUCGAGCCCUUCCUCGCGCUCUCCAAGACAGCCAGCUCCCCCCGUGCCGCCGUUGACCUCGUCACCCGCGCCACAUCAGCACCAAACACCUUCCUCUUCGCCGAGCUCCUCGACACGCCCGCCAUCCAGUCCCUGGCCUCCUCUCCCGAAUCUGCCCCGCAUCUCAAACUACUUCAAAUAUUCUCCCACGGCACAUACGCCACCUACCGUAGCACCCCGGGCCUGCCACCGCUCGCCGACACCCAGGCUCGCAAGCUCCGCCAGCUUUCGCUCCUCACACUCGCACGCGAUCGUCAAAACCUCUCCUACGAUGCCCUCCAGACUGCUCUCGAUCUGCCCGACACUCGCGACCUCGAGGCCCUCGUAAUCUCCGCUGUAUAUGCUGGCCUGCUCCACGCCACGCUUGACCCCGCGCGCGCCGCAGUCCAAGUCUCCAGCGUUGCGCCCCUACGGGAUCUCCCCCCUGGGGCCAUCCCCGACAUGAUCUCCGCCCUCAACACAUGGGCUGGCCGGUGUACCAGUACUCUUGGUGACCUUGAGACCCAGAUGAAGGAUAUCCGAACCGCGGCAGCAGUGCGGCAGCGUAAUCAGGGAGCCGCGGACGACAAGCUUCAGCGGCUGAUGGCCGAAACCCCGGACGGUAGGAAGUACGAGGCCACCGGCUUGUCACGGGAGCUGCUCGCUAGGAGGGGGUUUAACAAGCGGUCCGUCAUGGAGGUAGCCAACCUGGUCGACAACGAGAGCAUGGAUGUGGACGAGCCCGAGGAGCGGGCAAACAAGCGCAAGAUGUAGAGGGACCAACCUGCUACCUGCGGAUAAGAUAGAUACCAAGAAAAUUAUCACGAUGAAUGAUGAACUAAUUAGACGAC